CGGGGUCCGGGGAGAGCGGAUAUAGUGAAUGCAGGGUCCGGGGAGAGCGGAUAUAGUGAAUGCGGGGUCCGGGGAGAGUGGAUAUAGUUAAAUGCAGGGUCCGGGGAGAGCAGAUAUAGUGAAUGCAGGGUCCGGGGAGAGCGGAUAUAGUGAAUGCAGGGUCCGGGGGACCGGAUAUAGUGAAUGCAGGGUCCGGGGAGCCAGAUAUAGUGAAUGCAGGGUCCGGGGAGAGCAGAUAUAGUGAAUGCAGGGUCCGGGGAGACCAGAUAUAGUGAAUGCAGGGUCCGGGGAGACCAGAUAUAGUGAAUGCAGGGUCCAGGGAGACCGGAUAUAGUGAAUGCAGGGUCCUUGGA